CCUCUCUAUAUUCAUAAACCCUCGCUGUCCGAGAUUUUAUCCUCAUCUGUCACUAAUCCACCAAGACUUUUGAUGUUACCGAAGAAAAACCGCAAAAGAAAGUACAAAAAAUUUUUGCGGAAAAAUUACAAGAAACGUCUAGAAAAAGCUGAGGAAAAGUUACGACGAUACCGUUCACGACGUGCAAAAAGAAGUCCACAUCGUCUUGUGAUAGACAAGAUCAGCAAGAACCCCGUCAAUAAAUGUCGUAGAAUUUUCGAGGUGGUAAAAAUGGAUCGUGCCCCAUCACUUUUACCUCGAACCGAGAAGUCGGCUGUCAGACGUCUAGCACGGAAAUCCAAGUGGAACGAGAGCUAUGAGAGCCUGCUGAAGAUCAAAAAGGCGCUAGACGAAAAAGCCAAACAACCAGGAGCAAGGGUCUACGAUUUUCGCAUGUUCGAUUUGGUAUUAGGAAAUUCGAAACCAACAAAGGCCAAAAAAGAAAAGCUCCUUGACGCCACUGGAAUGACGGAAGAAGAUCGCGGAGAGGUGUUAGAGACUGUCAUGGAAGUGACGGGAGCGCGACAGAUCGUGGACGACGCUAUGAAGGCGCGUUUAUCAAUUCCAUGA